UGAUACCAAUAUUGUCAAAAGUUUCAAUUAAAACACAAUUUACCACUUUUGCUUUCUUGUUGGUCUUUCCAUUAUUUAUAGUUUCUAUGUGCAUUUCUUGACCUAAAAAAUAUUGAUUCUAAUGGCAUUCAAAAGCAAGAUUUUGAUUGUGGGAGGGAGUGGCUAUGUUGGUAAGUUUAUGGUGGAAGCAAGUGCCAAGGCUGGCCAUCCAACCUAUGUUCUUCUUAGAUAUUCCACUCUCUCCAACCAUUCCAAGUCUCAUAUUAUCAACAACUUCAAGACCUUGGGGGUUCAUUUUCUCUUUGGUGAUUUAUAUGAUCAUGAGAGUUUAGUUAAGGCAAUUAAAGAAGUGGAUGUGGUGAUAUCCACCGUAGGGCAUGAUCAAUUAGCUGAUCAAUCUACACUCAUCUCUGCCAUCAAAGAAGUUGGCCAUAUUAAGAGAUUCUUUCCAUCAGAAUUUGGGAAUGAUGUGGAUCGUGUACGUGGUGUUGAGCCAGCAAAAUCAGCUUAUUCUGCAAAGGCUAAAAUUCGUAGGGCUUUGGAGGGUUCAGGGAUUCCUUAUACAAUUGUUUCCUCUAAUUUCUUUGCUGAUUGGUUCCUUUCAAGUUUGGCUCAACCUCAACCUCCUACUCCACCUCUUCCACCUAAACAUCGAGUUUUUAUCCUUGGAGAUGGAAAUCCCAAAGCAAUAUUCAACAAGGAAGAAGACAUUGGGACUUACACAAUUAGAAGUGUGGAUGAUCCAAGAACAAUAAACAAAAUCCUUUAUGUUAGACCUCCUAAAAAUAUUUACUCCUUCAAUGAUCUUGUCUCUCUUUGGGAGAAUAAAAUUGGCAAAACCCUCCAAAAGAUCUAUAUUCCAGAGGCUCAGGUGCUGAAGGACAUUUCAGAGGCUGAAUAUCCCCUAAACAUGAGGCUAUCACUUUAUCAUUCAGUAUUUGUGAAGGGAGAUCAUACCUAUUUUGAUAUUGAUCCAUCAAUUGGAGUGGAAGCCACAGAAUUAUAUCCAGAUGUUAAAUAUACAACCGUUGAUCAAUUUCUCAAUAAGUUUGUUUGAAUAAGAAAAAGAAAAUGUUUUCAUCUUCCAUGCCAUCUAAAAUAAGUGAUGGGAAGAUUGGAUCUUCCUUUUGUUUGUGUGUUUUGUAUUAUGCUAAGCGAAUUUGGGUUUUAUAGGCCCUCUUCUCUAAAAUGUACCAAUGAUAUACUUAAUUGGGUUGAAAUUUAUAUCUUAAAA